AUGCAGUAUCUAAUCUCCUUAUAAAAAAACCUACAAACUGAGAAUGUUUUUUUAAGUGCAACUUUGAAUUUUCGAGAUCAGAAUGUUGAGAUGAGCUACAAGAACUUUUAAAAGAAGUUUAAUGAAGGGACAUUGAUCUUAAUGGAAUCCUUCAAAUUGUUUUUGGAAUUCGCCAUCACAAUUUCAGCCCUCAUUUCGGAUGACCAAUCAAUUUACUCGUCGAUUCUGUUCUUAUUUCCCAUUUCAAGUCUAUUACAAAUUUGGAUAAUUCGAAAGAACUAAAAGUGCAAUGAUUACUGGAAAAUUGGACACAUACUAGCGCUGUUCCUGUUUUUAGCAGCCAACAAACAACCCUAUUUGAUGCGAGGAUCAGUCUCCUUGUAUUGCAUCUAUAUGACUUAGAGUUUAAAUGACAAGAAAUAUGUCAUAUUUUACUUAUCAAUUAUGUAAGUUACAUUCUAAUAUUUUGACUAAUUUUUUGACUGGGUUGUUUUGCCCUUCCAGUGGGCAUUCACUCUGAUCAUCACUCUGAGCAUUUAUGCUCGACAAAGAAGAGAACUAGUGUAUUACUAUCACAAAUUCAAGUCCAACACUGAUUUAUCCUAUCAGGAGGUUGUGUUGAACCAUAGUCUGCAGUAGAAUCUCUUCAUAGUUAGAUUGUCUCAAGAUUAAUCAAAAGUACAUCUUAAUUUUAAUAUUCAUUUAGCGAUCAGUAGAUUAUUUCGAAGUGCUUUUUGCCAAUCAAGCCUGUAAAAAGGAGUUCGCCUAAAUAGACAAUAUCUUCCAUCGAACCACACUCAUCAACAUCAUCAAUUGCAACGAAUCGAAUCUCUCCUAUUACAAUUUGAAGGUCAAUUUCAGCUACGAACAAAUUUGCAAUAACUACAAGGGAUCUACUGGUGAAUAGAUCAACAUGGUAGACAAACCCAUAUACUUGAAUCAAAUUCUCUAUUAAUACAUAGUAAAUUAUCAGAACAAGGAGUUGUAAGAGAGUCUACCUUUGAAAUUGACUGGAUUACAGAAUAACCAAACCUUUGACAUCUUGGUGUCCCCCUGCAUUUGGAAACAUGAGAGAUGCUUUAUCAUAUCCUUGAUUGAUUUGACUGAUCGCAUGAAGAUUUCUCAAUUGGAGAAGUUGGAUCAAUACAAAGACAGUGUUCUGGCCACUGUUAGUCAUGAUCUUAAGAAUCCCAUCUGUGUAAUUCAAUAAAUGAUCACUCUCGUAUAGGAAGGCUUGUAUGAUUUGCAGGACUGUGAGAAUGUGGCCAUCUAACAAAAGGUCCAAUCUUGUUGCAAUUACUUGUAAAUGUGCUAGACCAAUGUGCAAACUCUUUAAUCAUUUGUCAAUGAUCUAUAGGACUUUGCAUAAAUUAAAUAGCAAAAGUUGAAAUUGGUGGUCAGCUAAUUUGAAAUUUCUAAUCUUGUUUAGGAGAUCAAGAAUGUUUUUUAAAUUUAAAUUUAAAAGAAAAAUCUUGAAUUGGAAAUCCAAGUCAAUUUAAAACCAAAUCAAACCUAUUACAAUGAUCCAUUAAGAAUCAAAUAAGUGUUAUUCAAUCUGAUUUCCAAUGCAAUCAAGUUCACUUCCAAGGGAAAGAUUACUGUAAAGUUCUCAGAUGACAUCAAAGAAAUCUUGAAGUUUUGCAAAGCCAUCAAAGAACAAAUCGAUUCCAACAAAAGUAUUGUGGAUGUGGGGAUACUGUUCAAAAACAAAUCAAGCAUUUUCAUUUGCACAGUUACUGAUAAUGGAAGUGGAAUGAGUUUGGAAAUCCAACGAGGCCUCUUUAGAAAUUUUGCCACCUAUGAUAACGAUAGUAACAUAAACAAGUAGAGUAUUGAGUGUAAUUAAAUAGAAAUGGUGUUGGAUUAGGUCUUAUCAUUUGUAAGCAACUUUGCGGCUAUAUUGGUCCAUUACAGUACAUGUAUUUAAGAUCCCAAACAGGAGUUGGUUCAACUUUUUAAUUUGCCAUUUAUAAAAAUUAUGAUAAACAACAUCGCUAUGAUUAUUCAGGUGAUUAAUCUAGCAUCGAUUCUAUCGAUUAUGAUAUUUCAGUACAAUCCCCCUAUAAAAAUAUAUUCAGUACUCGUCACAUAACUCCUCUAUGCAGAAAACAACGAAUCAAAGAAUUGCUGCAAGUAUUGAUUGUUGACGAUGAAACAUUCAAUUGCAUAUUGCUGAAACUACAAUUAACUAAAUUUGGCAUUCAUAAUUCGGAUGUGGCCUAUAAUGGGAGAGAAGCCAUCGAAAUGUCGUAGAAAAAAAUAUACGACAUUGUAUUUUUAGAUGUCAACAUGCCUGGCUUGAAUGGAUUCCAGUGCAUCCAGGAUAUUAAAAAUACCAAUAGCGAAAUUAAGAUUUACAUGCUCACAGCAUUUAACGAUCUCUAAACUCACUAGAUGAGUUUAGCUGCAGGAGCGGAUAAACUUUUAUCCAAACCACUUUCUUAAAAAUAGCUUGAACUAUUGUUGAAUUGA